AUGGCGUAUAUCGGCGAAACGCUCCCGCUUAUCUUCUUUGAUUACUUACCCGCGGAGAUGCUGUUCGCGCACGGAGACUUGGACAAAAGCUCCCCGGUGAGUGAGACGGCUCGGUUAGUGCGCAAGAUGCGGAACGCGCAGCGGAAGAUGUUGAUUACGCUUUACCAAUCGGACCUCGAUCGCGCCCGAAACGAGCCCAAACCCGUCUUAAUUCGCUAUGUCCUGGUCUCCGGCGCCACGCACACGGACUUUGUGGUGGAGGAGCCUCUUUGUCGUCAAUAUAGCCAUGUGGUGGAGCUGCUUACCCACUACGACAUGCGGUCGGGCGAUCCGCCGGUCGGGGAUGCCUAUAUCCCGCUCUCCCCUAGGGCCUGCACCAUGACGUUAAACCCCACACCCCACGACUGUGAUGAUGGUUUAUCAAAGACCCUACAAGAAGAAGGAGAAGAAGAAGAAGAAAACGACGUGAUGGGGUCUCCUAUGCCAUCGGCCGGACGGCCAAACACCAUCCUGAUAUACCCGGCCUCUUUGAAAAAACGCCCGAUGUUAAUGCGCCUGGCUAGUUUGGUUUCUCCCUUCUAA